AGAGAGAAGAGGGGGGACAAGGGCAGUGCUCUAGUUAAGGGGGAUAGGAUAGAGAAUGCCUGUUAGAUGCAUCUUGCCGGUAAUAGCACACAUCAGCCACGGCGCUGCGACUGACAGCACAGGCAGAGAGCAGGGGACUGAGCAGCUGAGCACAGAAUUGUACAAUAAGGGAGAGAGAGAGAGGAGAGAGAAUAACUGAAUCAGAUUAUCAUCAGCACGUUGGAGAGCGCAAAGCACAGAGGACUGAGAGAGCGCAGGAAAGGAGGAGAAGAAGAGGAGAGAGGAAUACAGAUACAGGAUUGUGUUGUAUGGGGGGGGCAAAAGUUUCCAGCUCCCCAGGCAGAAAUCAGUCCUGAGGUCAGCAGUAGGGAGGAAGAAGUGGAGCAGCUGAGAGUUGGAGAGAGAGAUUCACAGGCACACACACAGCACAGCAGUGUGGAGAGUAAAGGAGAUCCAGGGACACUAUUGAAACUUACUGACUCAAGGACAUAGCUUGCUGUAACUCAUCAGGGUAAUAAUGCUCCUCGCUGGACUAGGACUUCUCUGCAUGGCUAACUCAGGAGCAUGAGAGCAGACAUUGGACACCGGGCAGACGACACAUAGAGCUGGGAAUAGUGCCUGUGUCUUCCUUUUACUUACCUGAUACAGUUUAGUCGUGCCAUUGUUGGGGGGAUAGAAAGAUUCAGAGUUUCUGGGCUUGGAGAGAACCAGUACAGAUCAGAGAGGGAGAGAGGAGACUGCUGGAGGGGGAGAGUUGUGUCCUCUCAUCUCUGAGACAUGGUAGAGUGUGUUACGGUAGAGAGCCCCUCAGCAGCAGUGUCAGCCCCAGAGCAUGGAGAAGUCCAGCAGUGAGGAGUCAGCCAUUCACCGCAGCCCAUCCGUGGAUAGCCGUGACUCCGACUUUGUCCGCGACUCCACGUCUGGCCGCCCAUUCGGCGGCCGCGGCUUCACCGCCGGCGCGUUCUACGGCUCUACGGGGCCGCGCGGUACCACCGCACAGGGGCAGGCUGGGACAGCGGCCGACACCAGCGUCAACGUCGGAGGAGACAAGAGCAGCAAUAACAAGUACACGGCACCCAAAGGCAGCAAAUACGUGGUCUUUUACCUGGAUCUAUCAUUUGUGUUCCUUUUAGAGUUCAAGAAGUACAACAUGGCACGGGGCUGUCUCUGCUGUUUGAAGUACACGAUGUUCUUCUUCAACCUCAUCUUCUGGUUGUGUGGCUGUGGGCUGCUGGGCGUGGGCAUCUGGCUGUCUGUGUCCCAGGGCAGCUUUGCCACCUUCUCACCCUCCUUCCCGUCGCUCUCCGCUGCCAACCUGGUCAUCGCCAUCGGCACCAUCGUCAUGGUGACCGGCUUCCUGGGCUGCCUGGGAGCCAUCAAGGAGAACAAGUGCCUGCUUCUGAGUUUCUUCAUUGUCUUGCUGAUAAUACUGCUGGCAGAGCUGAUACUACUCAUCCUGUUCUUUGUGUAUUCAGAUAAGGUCAGUGAGAAUGCCAAGCAGGACCUGAAGGAUGGCUUGUCUCUGUACAACACAGACAACAAUGUAGGCCUUAGGAAUGCAUGGAACAUCAUCCAAGCAGAGUGGAAGUGUUGUGGGGUGGUAGGGUACACAGAUUGGCAUGAGGCCCUCAAGGAGAAAAUGGUGCCUGACCGCUGCUGCCAGGAGCACUACCAAGAAUGCGGACGCAACUCCACCAACAUGUUUUGGACAAGGGGCUGCUAUGAGAAGGUGGAGGAGUGGCUCGAUGACAAUAAGCAUCUCAUGGGAACCAUUGGCAUGUGCAUCUUGGUAGUGCAGCUCCUCGGCAUGGCGUUCUCCAUGACACUGUUCCACCAAAUCCAUAGAACGGGGAAGAAGUACGACGCUUAGCGGGUGACAGACGGCACACAGUGAAAGGAGCCCCAUACGCUGCCUGAUGGGAAAGACUCUGGAUGACCCCCUAUCCCCUCCUUACCCACUGCAUCACUAAGCCUCCCCAUUGUUCCCAGAAACCCAGUACAGACUACAGCUGUGUCACCCUUCUCCUCUGCUCUGUCCACUCCACCAUUCAUUUGCCAAAGAAAAAUGGGACUGGAAGAUAAAAGGACAAAUAUACUUUUGGCAAGGAACCCUUAGGUUAUCGCUCUCCUCUUCAGAAGUACAUUUCUAUUUUUGUGGUGCUUGUACUAACAGUUUUGUGGGAAGUACGGAUUUUCUGAAACGACAAACGCUUUACUAAUACUCACAUCCCCCUGCAAGGCAAAGAAAGCGAAGACAAGAAAACCGAUAUUAUAGUUCCCUCCUGGCUUUCAUGGAUUUUGUCGUGUUGAUUAUUUAUGUUAACUUUCCCUUGUGAAUGAUGAUAGGCUCCAACAUAGCAUGCUAGUUUUCUACUCCCUGGAACUUUUUGUUAUUGAAAAUGUCAGACAACAAUGUUUUUUUUCCCCAAUACAACAUGAUUUUUUUUUCUAAAUGUGUUCUUUAUGCUCAUAUGGAAUGGAGUGUUUGAUAUGCUAAGUCUUAUCUCUUGUUAGAGCUGUAAAAUGGAUGAGACAUGAUUAGAGGCUGUGGAUGAUCAGAGGUCAGAGGUCAGGAUCAAGGUAAUAAUGCCAGGAGUCCUUAGUGCGUGGUGCUCUGGAUUCAGACAGGAUCUUGGAACGUCAGGAAUUUUCUGUGAUAGGAAGAAUUACAAUUCUUGAAAUCAAUAGUCAUUUCAACCAAAUCACCUAGAUAACCAUCGCAACACACAAAGAAACAUACCAGUGUUGUUCUCUUUUCAACUUCCACCCAUCCUACAUUUACAUUUCAAAGUUUAGUCAUUUAGCAGACACUUAUCCAGAGUGAAUUACAAUUAGGGCAUUCAUCUUAAGAUAGCUAGAUUCAGCUUAAGAUAGUCUAUAACCACCAGUACUUCCAUUCUGAAAUAAAAUAAAUAGACUGUUAAAAAAUAAAUGUGUUUAAUACUGGCCCGUCAGGACUGACACGUAGAGCUAUCUGGUGCUCUCUCUCUCUCUCUGAGGGCUGAGACUAGUGACUGCAGCAUUAGAUCAGACUGAUGGAGCUGCUACCGCAGUGGAGGCAGCAUGCGAUUUGAGAGGAGAGAGAGAACAGAUCUGCUGGAUGGAUGGCUGCCUUCAAACGUCUACUACAGCAUUGAUCGUCAGAAGAGUUUCUCUGCAGUGUUUCUCCUCUGGCACACCUGAACGCUUUAAAAAAAAUCCCUCUCUAUCUCGUUCUCUCUCACUCUCUUUCUUUCUUUUUACAUGUCAGAACGGCAGGGGGGCGAGAAACUAUCUUCGCAGUACACAUUUCCACUGACAUUCCUGCUAGACUAAGUGAUGAUGUAUCUAUCUAUACCUCUAGUCUCGAUGCUACUGCUGUUGUAGUUUUCAAAGCACAUCCCCUGCUUCAGUCUGUCACAGAGGGGGUGGAAGGUGAGGGAGGGAAUCAGAUCAAAAGGCGAUGCAGUGUUUUAGAUACGGCAACGCCUCCUGUAGGUCAAGUCGUUUUACUAGCGCCACAACGUAGGUCAUUGUAUGGCUCAACCACAGGAGUCCUGAACAACAAGUGUAGUUCUGUUCAGGCCACUUGGAUAACUACACUCUAAACUACUUAGGAGGGCUUUACCAACAGGGUCAUGUCCAUUAGGCACCAUCAAAACAGACCGAAACAGUGUGGGACUAUCUGGAAACGCACAUUUUCCAAUGUUUGCCCUAAUGAACGCAACCCAGUUUUCCUUUAACAUGUCAUCAUGCAGAAGAAGAGGGAACUUUAAGAGGCAUUCACUGCCAACCAUCUGCUUGUAGUAAUCGAUAAACGGAUUCAUUAUUAACAUGGAGGUUGACUGAACUGGCUGAAUGUUUACUGUACUUUGGGAAAUUUGAUAAGAACUUAGAUAAUCGGGCCCAGAAGUUGCAAAGCUAAAAAAUGUAAUCUUACAAAUGUAGGAGGGUUAGGAGCUAGGAUUCUGCUUGGGAUAAGAAGUGUAAGAACUUUGACACUGCAUUGCUGCUACAUGGAGAAUAAAGGGGAAGUAGAGGUAAUGUAACCAAACACAGCUAGCUCAGAGACACUGCUGCCUAGCUUUUACACUCUCCGUCUGCAGUAAGGAUCAUCUGCAGGAUCAUCUAAGGUCAUUAAUUAAGGUUGAUUAGGACAUCUUUAUUUGAACAUAUUGGGAUGUACAUACUCCACAUAGUGGUAGAUUGCAGCAGAUGCUGGUUUGUGUGUAGCUGCGUCACAGGCUCAGUUGGUUGUUGCUCACCUUUACGUCUGAUUCACCGGAUGCCCCCAUCAUACUCCACAGGGAAAACAUGACAGCUGCUGAUGUAAAGCACAGGCUUCACAUCCCCUCAGCCUGGGUGCAUCCACAAACAGUCGUCACAAUUUAGCGCUCCAGCAAAUUCUGCAAGGUACAUGCCAGGAUAGACAUUUGUAGCGACGUGACAGUUGUUUUUGGUCCCUUAAGAACUUGUUUGCUGUAGAGUGUAGACCUACAUGUGUAUCCCUUGUACCUCCCUUGUAAAUCCUUGCACCCUCUCCCUUGAGAAGAUUGGGUGGUGGUGAGGGGAGUUUUAUUUGUCACUAUGCUUGCUCCCAGAAGUAAUACUGCAUCUAACAUCAUAGACUCAACUGAUCAUAUCUGUGAUCAUUAUUGUAUUUUAAAAGUCUGACAUUGCCACAUUGUGUGAACUGAUUUGGGGUGGAAUGGUUUGAUGUUGAAUGAAAUGCAGAAUAGCCUCUUCAGCAUGAAGAUAGAUAGAUAUAUAUUUAAAAAUCCUGAAGACGAACCGGCUUCACACUGUUUAUAUGUCAGACGUGGUUCAAGAAUCAUCUCAAAAUCCCAAACUGUUUUUCCGUUGUCAUUCAUGUAACUGUCACUGCCCUCUUUGAAAUGUCAGUGUUCAACCAUUCAGAAAUGUUUCUGUUCUUCUGAAGGAAUUCAUUCAUGUCUUUGCUUCUCUCACAUUCUCCCAUUGUCAAUUGGUUUCUCAGUGUUUUAACAAUUGUUGUUUGUUCAUGUUCGUAGGGGUGCAGUAUAAGAAGGCCUGUUACUUUAACUCAAAUUGUUUUUGUCUCUUGCUUUUAUACAAUAUGCUGUUUUACUAUGUUCUACUUGGCUUUGUUUUGUCUGAAGCUCACUGUCAGUCAUCCGGAGAACAUAACAUCAUUAGUAUUUUAUCCUCGGGAUUAUAGAAGGAUAGUUAGAUGGGAGAGUUGAAGAUUAAAAAAAAACUUUCCUGUUCAAGGUGCAACUAAACCACCUUCCUGUCUUAACUUUGCCACAGGCAUUUAUCCAAGUCCCGUUUUGAGGGAGGAACAUGCAGUCCGAGUAGGAGGAUAUACGAACAUCUUUUGAAUUAAGAGUGCUAUUCUAUUAUCUGUGGUAUGUCUUUUUAACCAUGCCUGUACCACUUUUGUUAAUGCCUGCCCAUCCUUGCCCUGUGGAAUGUGUUAAAUCUCAGAUGACACUGACUAAGCAACAUAAUUCCUUUUACUGCAUUAGUUUAUGCUAGUCCUGGGUGUAAAUAAUCUCAUUUCACAAAUGAUCAACUGUUGCAGUUGCACCUCUACAAUAGGAAGGAACUCAUGAACCUAAUACCUAUUGGCAUCAUUUGAUAUGAAAUUCAAUUCUAAAUGACAGCAGGAUCUUACCAACUAACACCUGACGCUCUCUCUGACUGUAUAUUUUUGGAAACCAUUUUCUCAGCUGUAUGGGUGUUAACUAAUAUCCUACCCAUUAAUUGUUAUUUUAUUAAUAUUUUAUUCCUUUGAUAGUUUGUUUGCAUUUGUACAUUUUCAUUCAGGAGCAGUGUAUAUGAAAUGUUCAUAUGUUUUUCGAGGUUAGUACUAUUCAUGUUUUUACACUAUUGCAGCUUGUAGUGAGAGAUACAUUUCAUGCAUGGAUUUGGAAUGAGCAUUAAGUAUUUACUCUCUUCACAUCGAAACACUGCCACAGACUAGAGACGAACAAUGGUUGUUGGGGUUUUGUCGGCUAUGAGGGAAUUUGAAAGGAAGCAGCUCAUUUCUAUCUACCACCUUUGACAUAUUUUUAUAAUCUCUUCUCUAAUCCCCUACCACUAAAGCUGACUAUCUGAGCUGUUCUGAAGUGUAUGCUCUUGAAUAGUGUGUUUGAUGUAGUGUCGUGGCAAACGGCAGUAUUAUCUGCUACCUGUCAGCCUUGUCCUGUGGAGUUUUUCUGCUACAUGUAAAAUCACUCUGAAUAUAAGGUGGUGCACUACAUUUCAUUCUUUAAAUCCUGCUAUUUUUAAAAUAAAGGAAAGUGUGUUGCAAAAUUC